AUAGCCGCUGGCUCUUAACUGACAGAUCUGCCAACCAAUGCCUUAAAUGCUGGGACUGAGAUGAGUGCUACCACACUUGGCUUUAUUUUGACAUUUGACUUCAAAACAUAUAUCCAAGUCCAUUUCCUUCUUUGUCCUUCAAUGUUUUAUGACAGACCUCACUCUGUUCCUGGCUGGCCGCAGGCUCUUGAUUCCCAUACUUCAUUCUCCUGAGCACCAACACAUGUUGAUGCCCCCUGGUGAGAAUAGACCAUUACCACAAUUUUGGAGCCAAAUGGGAAACAAGCUUUAGUUUCUCUUCCAGUUAAAGAAUUAAAAGGCAGGAAAAAUCUCCAGUGCUACAGGUAGCAACAGGGAAGGUCUUAAACCUAGCAUCAGCCCGUCAAGAAAAGUCUGUUAGGGAUGAGGAAACAUACAUACCUGGACUCCUAGAGUACAGCCCAACAUUACAUUAGUCAGAGGCUUAUAACGGUAAGAGCACAAGGCCACAAGCUUCCUGCCUUCACCCAGUCAGGGCCAGCAUGCACCACAAGCUUCCUGCCUUCACCCAGUCAGGGCCAGCAUGCACCACAAGCUUCCUACCUUCACCCAGUCAGGGCCAGCAUGCACCACAUCCUUCCUGCCUUCACCCAGUCAGGGCCAGCAUGCACCCUGCUAUACUUCGUGACUAAGUACCUCCUGCCUACAUGUGAUCAUGAAUGUCCUGUGCAAUUGGCUACAACCAACCUUGUUUGAUAUGUAUUUAUUUAUAUUAUGUAUGUGUGCUCUAUCUGCAUGUACACCUGCAUGCCAGAAGAGGACAUCAGAUCCCAGUAUAGAUGCUUGUAAGAAGCCACCAUGUUGUUGCAGGGAAAUGAACUCGGGAACUCUGGAAGAAGGAACCAUGCUCUUAACCACUGAGCCAUGUCUCCAGCCUGUUUUAUAGAUUUCCUAAGCACAGUAACUUAAAUUUAAAACCUAACUUUAGCCAUCACACACACUCAGCUGUUUUUAGUUCUCAACAUUAUCCUUCUUGAUAUGUUAAGACGGCAGUCUUGCCUAAGUCUUGACAGAUCAAGGACACUAGGUGGUGGUAGCACACCUUUAAUCCCAGCAUUGUAAAGGCAGAAGUAGGCAAAUCUCUGAGUUUGAGGCCUGCCUGGUGCACAUAGGGAGUUCCAGGACAGCUAUGUAGAGAGACCCUGUCUCAAAUAAAUAAAUAAAUAAAUAACAAGAGUUUAGUCAAAUGUUUUCAAGCAAAUGCUAAGUAGUCAAAAAUAAUGUUAUCUUGAUUAUGAUUUAAUUGCCCAUUUGUGUAUGAAUUUUGCUCCAGUACUGUUUCAACAAGUACUUGCCAGAAAGUUGAGUGAAUAAACACAGGCUUGCCCUGAGAAGUCAGCUCUGAGCCUAACUCUCAGGGGUACACUCCCAAGGAGGGAAUUCUUUUGAAGACCUUUCCAAAGGAACAGGUGACCAUCCCCUCUCUCUGUAAGGUUGAGGAGGUGAGGCACAAGUAGGCUGCUACACCUGUGUGGUUGACCUUUCUUUUCUCCAUAGGGACUGGGCAAACAAGGCCAGCUUAGCCAAACCUACAGUACCAACAGUCAGGUCUUCAUAUAGUCCAGAAUGCUUACAUUCUAGAAUAGUGGUUCUCAAUUAGUGGGUCGCAACCCCUUUGGGGUCACAUAUCAGGUAUCUUGCAUAUCAGAUAUUUACAUUACAGUUCAUGACCACAGCAAGGUUACAGUUAUGAAGUAGCAACAAAAACAGUUUUAUGGUUGGGGGUCACCACAAAAUGAGGAGCUGUAUAAAAAGGGUCCCAGCAUUAGGAAGGUUCUAGAAACUUCAGUCCUGCAGCCACCAGUCAGAACAUCUUCCCGUUCAUCUCCAACCCUGUCGAGGAAGUACCACCUAACAGACACUUCUCACCCACCUGUCCCUUCACAGUUCUUUACAUUUAUCCUUUAGUGUAAGUCCAGGCUUUGUGUGAUCCCAGCUCCACUAACCCUUUAGUUAUCCUCAGUGUAAAUUGUUACUUGAGUGAUUGGAGUUCCCUCUUCUGGGUUCUUAGUCUUAUUAAACAAACCAAUAAAGAAAGAAAUGAAAAAGAAAAAAAAAAGCCGGAUGUUUGGGUACAUAUAUUUAAUCCCAGGACUUGGGAGGCAGAGAUAGGGGUAUAUCUCCAUAUUCAAGGCCAGCUUGCUCUGCAGCAGCUUCUAAGAUGGCCAGAGCUGCAAUGUAAGACCCAGUCUCAAAUAAAUAAUCAGGGUUGGGGCCAUUACUGAAGAGAUAGCCCAGCGGUUAGGAAUACUUUCUUCUCUUCCUGAGACCAAGUUAGGCUCUCAGUACCCUUUUGGUAGCUCACAGCGGCCAGUCACUUUGAUUUCCAAUUUUUGUUGUUCUUGGAAUCAAACAUACUCAUGUACGUGCCUACUCUUGUUCAUAAACACGCGUGUAACUAAAAAGAAAAUCUAUGGGGUAGGGUGUGCUUAGGGGCUUGUGAGAUGGCUCAGGAGGCAAAGGUGCUGGUCACCAAGCCUGACAACUUUAUGCUAGGAGAUAAGCAAUUCCUCUGACCUCCAUUCUCAAACAUGAGCAUACAUAAACAAAAUAAAAAAAUGUAAAGAAAAAUUGAAAGAAAAACAUUUUUUUUUUUUUUUUAGAUCACAAAAUGGGUCAGGUGCAGAAUAAUCCCAGCACUCAGGGAGGCUGAGGCAGGUGGAUCUCUGUGAGUUUGAGGCCAGCCAGGUCUAUCAAGUGAGUCCAGGACAGCCAGGGCUAUACAGAGAAACCCUGUCUCGGGGAGACUGAGAGAGAGAAGAAUAAUGAAAUGUGCUAGAAAGAAAGCUCAAAGCCAAUUUCCCCAGCCUUUGUAAGGGAAAACCAAAACCUGAGCGGAUAAGACCAUCAGUUACUCAGCAGCUGCCAGGAGAAAACGUGGGAAGCCAUGCGUGUGUCUGAGGGGAUGGCAAGUUCUGCUAUUGUAGACCAUGAAGCAAGUUCAUGCAGACAAGGAGCUUCGUGCUGGAAAGGAUGUGGUUUGGAGAACCGAUGAGAAGAGAUGAAGCACCAGAAAAAGUAAAACUAGUCUUCGGCCAGUAGUGGGAAGAAAGGGGACAUUUUUUCCGAGUAAGAAGGGAAGCGCUCUGACUGGGCACAGGCCUUUAAUUUCAGCUCUUGGAAGGCAGGGGUAGAUAGACGCCUGUGACAUAGAGGAAAUUCCAGGACAGCCAAGGAGGGCUGCACAGUAAAAAACAAAAAGCUGAACAACAAAGAAUAUCAAUUCUACACCCACAACCGGACUUGGAAUUACGCUGUAGUCCCCCACCUCCCAGCCAAGAGGAGGAAGCCUUAAUGGGCCUCAAUGCAGACUAGAACCCCCCACCACUAUGACUGAAAUUACCCCACAAACCCACCCGGGAACUUUGAAAAGAAUCACAUGCAGGCAACACACAAAGUCUGACCCGACACUAGUUUAAGUCACAGAGACAUCCAUCUUCACUGGCUGAAUAAAUUUAAGUUUUAAUUUUUCUUGCAAGAUAUUGAUCAUAUUCCUUUCCCUUCCACCAACUCUUCCACCCUCCUCCACCCUCCCCCAACUUCAUGCACUUUCUCUGUUGUAUUUAAUGGAAAAAAAGCGGGCGGACCGAUACACAGUCCCGCUACCACCGCCACCAACAAAGUCCCGCCAGUCCUCGGGGUUAGCCCACUACUCCUGAGUGUGUGACUGCUAUAGGCUGUGGUAUAUCUAGGACUGGGGUGUGGUGAAACUUUUUUUUUAAAGCUCAGCCAAUCAAAAUGGACGCGUCCAUUGUUGCAAAACGUGUUGGGCGGGACUUUUAGGGUGGUUGGCCAAAGAAUCUUUUCAAAGUUCCUGGCUGGAUUUCCCAGUUCCUCAGAACACUGGUAACACAUUGAGUAGUCCAGGACGGGAAGUUGCCAAAGGACAAGACCCUUGUCCUCUGGUACCAAGGUGUGUCUGAAGUCUAGGCCACCGUGUGACCCGCUGAAUGCCUGGUUCAAAGAUGCCUACAUCCCUGUCCCCUGCUGGCCGGCAGAGUCUGAUGGCGGCUGCUGAGCAAGGACCCCAGACCCAGGUAAGCGCCACGUGGUCCAGGGCCUACCUGAAUGCAGGAGCACUGGUGGGGAGCCCUGGGGUCAUAAGCCUGCGGGACAGGGCAGGACAGGCCAGAGCCAAGACUGUGGUACGCUGGCUCUGUCGUGGACUACUAGACUCUCCUAUCUGACAAUCUGUGUGCUGGGGAGUGAAUCAGACUCUAGAUGGAGCGUACCUCCAAGGGUUUGCAGGCAGGCCUGAGCUCUGGGACCUAACCUCCGAUGUGGCUUCUGCCUUACUGAAACGGCUCAGCAUGCUUCUGUAACUCAGUUCGAUUUGUUAAGAUGUCUACAGAUUUGCAACAGGGGAGAGGUUGGAUCUAUCUGUCAAAGCUACAACCCUCCUGGAUGAAUCGCAGUACUGCAGGUGGAGACACCUGUGAUCUGUCUGUAAUCCUGUGUGCAAAGCAGGGGUGGUGUGGACCGUGAAGUGGAGAGGAGAGAUUGAAUCUCCUGACGGAUUUUAAAAUCCGAGCUGUCAGGACCCCCUGAUGGGCCAAGUGCAGCAAACAGAAGGACUAGUCUAGUUUUUCUGUUCCUUUUUUCUGACCAUGUGGAAGGAUGGCGGUUUGAGAGUUUGUGCUGCAGCAAGUUCACAGAUGGGGAUCAGUUUGUCCUUAGUGAUGCUGAGAGUCUCAGAAUGAGACUGGGAGGCUGGGAGGUGGUGGUGCAUGCCUUUAAUUCAGCACUGGGCGGGGGAAGGGUGGGAGUGGGGAGGCCAGUGGAUCUCUGAUUUCCUGAGUUCCAGACCAGCCAGGGCUACAUAGAGAAACCCUGUCUCAAAAAACAAAACAAAGCCGGGUGCGCGGUGUACACCUGUAACCCCAGCACUGUGCAAGGCAGAGGCAGGCCAAUCUCUGUGCGUUCAAGGCCAGCCUGGUCUACAGAGAGAGUACAGGACAUCCAAGACUACACAGAGAAACCCUGUCUCGAAAACCAACCAAACAAAGAAAAACAAAUGAAAGAAAGAAAGAAAGAAAGAAAGAAAGAAAGAAAGAAAGAAAGAAAGAAAGAAAGGAAGGGAGUGUCUGGGCAGCUUGCUCAUUCACUCCUGGGUACUGGGGAAGGUGUGGGGUGGGAGUAAAGAAGGGAGGUCACUGGACACCAGUGAGAACACAAAGCUUGGUUGAUAUUUGGGAAGGAGAAUAUUAAAGAGUCUUCUAUUAGCCAGUUGUGGUGGUAUGGCACACCUUUAAUCCAAGCCCUCUGUGGGUAGAAGCAGGAGACUUACUGUGAGUUUGAGGCAGUUAAGGCUAUGCAGAGAAACCUUGUCUCUGAAAACAAAACAAAAUAAACAAAGUCUUCUGUAAGUGGGAUCUGAGGUAAAAGAGCAAACAGAUGAACCUGGGGUUGGGAAUACCUCCAUUGGGUCAGGUUGUGUGCAGGGGUAAAGUUUAUCAUUAGAGUGUAAGAUUCUGGACUGUGGGGUUUAUCAAAUAAGGGAUUCAUUUCAUAGGAUCUGGUCAAGAUCCAUACUCAAACGGUGUCAAUAAAACCAGCAUGGCUGGGCUGUGAUAGCAUAAAACCUUUAAUCUCACCACUCAGACCCCAGAAGCAGGUGUAUAUAUAUAUCUGUGAGUUCAAGGUUAGCCAUGGAUGCAUAAUGAUACUCUAUUAAUGGUUAUAUACCUAGACAUAUGAAUAUAUAUUACAUAUAUGAUAUAUUAUCAUUGAUAUAAUAUUAUUGUAAGCACCUAACAAUUGCUUAAGAACAUACUCAAUGUUUGAUUAAAGUCUAAUGUGUUGAUUAUCACAUUUGUUUGUUAACCUCACCAACCCCAUCCCCUGGGACAAGGUCCCUCUAUGUAGGCCUGGCUGAUCGAGAACUCACUGUGUGGACCAGGAUGGCCUCUAAUUCACAGAGUUCCACCUGUCUCAGCUUCUGGAGUACUGUGAUUAAAGGCUGUGCCAGUAUGCCUGAUAUAAUAUUAUUCUUCAUUUAAAUAUAAUAAAUAGGUAAAUACAUGCAAAUAAAGUGAUAGAUUCUGAGAGGAUAUGCAAGUGUUUGUACUGACAGUAUUUCUGUUUGUUUUUUCUGAGACCAAGUUGCACUAUGUAGACCUGGCUGGCCUGGAACUCAUUAUGUAGACAAGGUUGGCUUCAGACUCAUACAGAUUCACCUCCUCUGCUACCCAAGUGCUGAGAUUAAAGGCAUGUGCCAGCACACCUGGCUUUGUGCUAAAAUACUUCAAAAAAAUCAAUUAUGCAUGUAGGAAUCACUUUGGGCUGUCUGGCAUUUAAGGACGUGGCUGUCUGCUUCUCAGAGGAAGAAUGGGCACUUCUUGAUGACUCACAGAGACUCCUGUGUCACAGUGUGAUGGUGGAGGUCUUCGUCCUCAUGGCCUCAGUGGGACUGGUACCUUCUGAGAUCUGUGACACCACUCAGCUGAAGUCCUCAGAAGAUCCCUUCAGCCCUGUGCUGAGAUUCCUGACUUUGGGAUGUUGGAACAGAGAGGAGGCUGAGAUGUCACCCACUGGGCAGACUACUUCUGCAGAAGAAGGAAAUGAACAGCAUAAGCUGAGAGGUGCUGAGAAAUCUCCACAAAGAGAACAGGUCAGGAUCCCAGCUAUGAGGACUGGCAGGAGUGACCCAUCAGAGAAGAUGUCACAAAGCACAGACAAUGUGAUGGACUUCCAGGACUCCUCAAGUCUUCUUGGGUCUCAGGUGACUCACAGCACUGGACAGCCACACAGAAGCUCUGAAAAGACAGAGUCCAUUCACUCCAAGAACAGAAACCACAAAUGCAGUGACUGUGGCAAAACCUUUAGUCAUCAGUUCCGGCUUAUUCGACACCAGAAAAUACACACUGGAGAAAGGCCGUUUAAGUGCAGUGAAUGUGGGAGAUCCUUCCGCCAGAAUGCUCAUCUCGUUGUACACUCAAGAAUUCACAGUGGAGAAAAGCGUUUUAAAUGCAGUGAAUGUGGGAAAGCUUUCAAUUAUAAGAGCUCUCUCAUUCAUCAUGAGAAGGCCCACAAGGGUGAAAUGCCGUAUAGGUGUAGUGAGUGUGGGAAGCUGUAUAGAAACAAAUCCAGCUUAACUUGUCAUUAUAGAGUGCACACUGGAGAAAAGCCCUUUGAGUGCAGUGAAUGUGGGGAAUCUUAUAGGAACAAAGUCAGCCUUGCAAGUCAUUAUCGAUUUCAUACUGGUGAAAAGCCCUAUAAGUGUGUUAAAUGUGGAAAAUCAUUUAAGGAAAAAUCCAGUCUUUUUUAUCAUGAUCGAGUACACAAUGGGGAAAGGCCUUUCCAGUGCAGUGAAUGUGGAAAGUGCUUUAUCCAAAAUUCUCACCUUGUGAAACACCAAAAAGUUCACAGCAAGCCUUUUGAGUGCAAUGAGUGUGGGAGCGUUUUUACUUCGGAUUACAGCCUCGUUAGACAUAAGAGAGUUCACGUCACAGAAAAGCAAUAUGAGUGUGAGGAAUGUGACAAAGUGUAUUGCUAUAGCUCUGGCCUCUAUAAACAUCGCAAAGUUCACAACAGAUAAAUGUCUAAUGAGCAAUGAAUGUAUGAGGUCCCUUUAAACACUGAAAAUUCAAUGGAAAAAAACUUGAAUGCUUCAAAUGUGGAGGGCAUUCUCCCACACCCACACCCAGUAAAGUCUUCAUCAGAGAAGCUUCUCGCUGGUAAUUAACUCAGAGACCUACAACUGGACAAUGAGCAGAGGGUGAGAGACCAGAAGUGGUGAAUGACUUCUAAGAAAGAGUAACGUCUGUCUAUACACAACAGGACUGAUACAAAUAUGAGCUCACAGAGAGGCAGCACGCAUAAGACGGGUUCAAACAGAUGAAAUCUUAGUGCUGAGAAGAGGAAAUUGCAUACAAAAUCCCACUUCUAACCAAGAAGACAUUGAUAUUUGCUGGAAAAGGGAUACCAAGUUUUCCCCAAUGGACUGUCACUAAAUCUAUCAACAGGCCAUAUGGAGUGUUGGCCACCUGAAAAUGGACUCCUUGGGUGUUUGUUUGAUUUUGUUUUGGGGUGUGUGUAUGUGUACAUGUGGAUUUUUUUUUAUCUUAUUAAGUUUUUUUGUUUGUUUAGCUUUUAAUUAAUUAAUUUAUUUUUUCAGAGAAAGGACAUGAAGUUGGGUGAAUAGGAAGGUGAGAAGAGUUUGGGAAGAGUUGAGGGACUGUUGGUAUAAUGUUCUUUUGGAAUGUGUACACCUUACCCUUCUUCAUUCAAAUGCUGAUUUUGCUCCCCUACUAUCUGGUUUCAAUCCGGACAUUGCAUUGUGAUACUUAUUCUAAGCAUCACCUGUCUCAAGUUUGUGUAAACAUGCCACCAUUUGUUCUCUAAAUUCUCAGUUAAAACAACCAGCCACAAUGUUGAGCAAUGGAGAGGAUAGGGUGGGACAUCCUGGUUCAGAUGGGAGGAGAGGAAGAAAGCAGGAAGAGAGGAAGGAGUAGGAGGGGGAGGGUAGGAGACAAAAGAGAGAAAGGAGUGGGUAGCAGAGAAGGAGGAGAAGUGGCAGGACAGAAGCUGGGAGAGCAGAGGCUGGAGGACAGGUCUUGGAACGACAUGGAGAAAUGAACCGGACCUAAGAUAACACUAUAAGCAGAUAUAAGGGAUGAAUCUGAAUGGUAGGAACUAUGUGGGCUUGGAGGUUUAGGAUGGAGUAACUGUUGCCUAGCAUUGUGUUCUAGGUUAACUAAAUAAAUCCUAGUCUCUGUGUGGUGAUUUGGUUAUACAGCUGUCUAGGAUUAAAAGCAGCUUUACUAAAAGAUAUAUCAAUAGUAAAUAUGCCAUAAUACAACAGGGGAUGGAAAAGAAUAUGAUCAAAGUACAGUGUAUGAAAAAAUUAAAUAAAAAAGAUGCAUGUA